AGUCCACGGGGCGGCGCAUUAGUAGCCCAGCUGUCUGAGCUACCGGCUCCCGGGACUGUUUGUGUCAACGUCCGCGCUCUUCCAGAGUGGUCUGCGUUUCUCACAGGCCCUGGGGGAGCUAGUGAAUCUCAGCCUCGUGUUCAUUUCCCGCUAGGCUUGAGGUCACCGUUUUCCGUGUGGUAUUUCCCCAGGAGAAAUGGAAACAUGUCAGCUUUAUUCGUAACAUAUAAAACCUGGAAAUACAACAAAUGUUCACCAAGAGAAAAAUGAAUAAACAAAUUGUGGCAUAUUCACACAAUUGAAUGCUGUCCAUAAAUAAAAAGAAUGAGCUACACAACAUUAAUAAAGCUUACAAAACUAGGAUGUGCAAAAGGAGACAUAUGUAAUUGCAGAACUGACAAAACUAAAUUACGGCGACGUAUCUCAGAACUAUGGCUGUCUGUCCUGCGACUGACUGGAAAAGGAUACCAGAGAACUUCCUGGCAGUGAUAGUAUAAAACCCGCACCAGGGCAGGCAUACACAUACUGAGCAUCUGCUCAGUGCCAGAUGCCAUUCUAGGUGCUGCGGCUUUCUCAAGGGGCAAAACUGACAACAAAACUCGUCACCCUCUGGUUCACGACCACGGACCUGGGGUCCCGCACAUACAGGCCUGAGUGAAGAGAAACCUCGACAGGCACCGGCUCCCAGUUCUCGCCUCAGCCAUUUCCGCCCAACCUGCGGUACCCGCUUCAGCCCUUCUUGGCCCGACCGCCCUCAGCACGGAUUUCUGAUUCCCUCCUUGGUCCUCCUCGACCAGGUUCCUGAUUCCCUCUUUCCUCCUCAACGCUCCGGGUUUGGGGAUUCCGGUUCUCAGCCGGUCCUCCCCGACGCAGGCUUCUUCUGUCUUCCUUCUCGCCCCGCCUCCGGUAGGCUUCCGCUUCCCUUUUCCUUCUUUCCCCCGCCCAGGUUUCCAAUUUCUUCCUUGGCUGGGGCUCUAGUUCAACUCAGGAACCCUCGCUCCCAAAAAAUCAUCACCCGGCUCUUCGGCGUCUGAAGAACCGCCAGCGGCAACCCUCCUCCGCACAGGAGGAGCGACCCGCGCACCCUGAAACUCCCAGGAAGUCUCCGGGGCGUGGCGGGAUUUUGCGACCGCUGCCCUCCCCGCUGCGCUCGAAAACCUGGACAUUUUCAGUGUUGGACUACGUUUCCCACAGGCCCCAGGGCGACGAAUGAACUUCGACUUUUGGUUCCCCUUCCGGUAUCGUCGUGCUUAUUGGGGCAUGCCUGUUCUGCAAGAGAAGCCCCCUGAAGUGGAGGAGAGAGUUGCCACUUAAAAGCCCAUUCAAGUUUUGACGGAGGAGCAUGUGAUCGGAGUUCCUCACGCUGUCAUGGCAGAAAUGGAAUUCCCAGACCAAUUCUUUACAGUUCUAAGCAUGGACCAUGAAUUGGUGACAUUCAGGGAUGUGGUCAUCAACUUCUCUCAAGAGGAAUGGGAAUAUCUGGAUUCAGCUCAGAGGGACUUGUAUUGGGAUGUGAUGAUGGAGAACUAUAGCAACUUGGUCUCACUGGAUUUGGAGUCCAAGUAUGACACAAAGACUAGAAGGGACAUCACUGGUUCUCAGUGGAAAGUAACAGAAAGUAAAUUCAUUGGUCUUGAGAGCUCCAUUUUCAGAAAUGAAUGGCAAAGCAAAAGCAAGACUGAAGUACAAAGACCUGAAGUGGGAUAUUUCAGCCAAAUGAAAAUCAACUCUGAAAAAGUGCCCAAUUACAAACAUCAUAAGUCUCUUAUAUCACAUCAGAGAAUUCAUGAUAGCAAGAAGCCCCAUGCAUAUAAGGCAUAUGGGAAGGUCCUUAGCUGUGACUUAAAUUUUGAUGAAUAUGAGAGAAUACAUACUGGUGAGAAAACCUAUCAAUAUAAUGCAUAUUGGAAAACCUUUGGAGAUGACCCACAUACCCUACAACUGAAUAUACAUAGUGGUGUGAAACCUUGUAAAUAUAUGGAAUAUGAGAAUGCAUUUAGUUUUUAUGAAGACCUUAGUAUACAGAAAAUGCAUGAUGAUCAGAAGUGCUAUAAAUGUAAGGAAUAUGAAAGGACCAUUAGAAGAGUUGAAGAAAUAACUCCACUUCAAAUAAUUCAUGAUGGUGAGAAACCCUAUGAAUGCACUUUCUGUAGAAAAUCCUUUAGAGUGCAUGCACAACUUACUCGACACCAGAAAAUCCACACUGAUGAGAAACCUUACAAAUGUAUGGAAUGUGGCAAGGACUUUAGAUUCCAUUCACAGCUAACUGAACAUCAGAGAAUUCAUACUGGUGAAAAACCAUACAAAUGUAUACAAUGUGAGAAAGUCUUUAGAAUUAGUUCACAGCUUAUUGAACAUCAGAGAAUUCAUACAGGUGAGAAACCUUAUGCAUGUAAAGAAUGUGGGAAGACCUUUGGAGUCUGUAGAGAACUUGCUCGACAUCAGAGGAUUCAUACCGGAAAGAAACCCUAUGAAUGCAAGGCAUGUGGAAAGGUCUUUAGAAAUAGUUCAUCCCUGACUAGACAUCAGAGAAUUCAUACUGGUGAGAAACCCUAUAAAUGCAAGGAAUGUGGGAAAGCUUUUGGAGUAGGUAGUGAACUUACUCGACACCAGAGAAUUCACAGUGGUCAGAAACCUUAUGAAUGUAAAGAGUGUGGAAAGUUCUUUAGACUUACAUCAGCACUUAUUCAACAUCAGAGGAUUCACAGUGGUGAAAAACCUUAUGAAUGUAAAGUAUGUGGGAAGGCUUUCAGACAUAGUUCAGCCCUUACUGAACAUCAGAGAAUUCAUACUGGAGAGAAACCUUAUGAAUGCAAGGCAUGUGGGAAGGCCUUUAGACAUAGUUCAUCCUUUACAAAACAUCAGAGAAUUCAUACUGGUAAGAAACCCUAUGAAUGCAUUGAAUGUGGAAAAACCUUUAGCCUGAAGCAAAACCUCAUAGAGCAUAAGAAAAUGCAUACUGGAGAAAAAUCACAUGAAUGUACUGAAUGUGGUAAAGUAUUCUCUCGAGUCUCAUCCCUUACUCUACAUUUGAGAAGUCAUACAGGAAAGAAACCAUAUAAAUGUAAUAAAUGUGGAAAAGCCUUCAGCCAGAAAAGAAACUUCCUUUCUCAUCAGAAACAUCAUACCGGAGAGAAACUUUAUGAAUGUGGGAAAGCUUCUAUUCAGAUGCCAGGCCUCAUUAAACACCAGAGAAAUAAUACUGGAAACAAACCCUAUGCAUGUAAGGAAUGUGGAAAGGCCUUCAAUGGCAAAUCAUAUCUCACGGAGCAUGAGAAAAUUCAUACGGGAGAGAAACCAUUUGAAUGUAAUCAAUGUGGAAGAGCCUUCAGCCAGAAGCAAUACCUCAUUAAACAUCAGAAUAUCCACAGUGGAAAGAAACCCUUUAAAUGUAAUGAAUGUGGAAAAGCCUUUAGCCAGAAGGAAAACCUCAUUAUCCAUCAAAGAAUACAUACUGGAGAGAAACCUUAUGAAUGCAAAGGAUGUGGGAAAGCUUUCAUUCAGAAGUCAAGCCUCAUUAGACACCAGAGAAGUCAUACAGGAGAGAAACCCUAUAUAUGUAAAGAAUGUGGGAAAGCCUUCAGUGGCAAAUCAAAUCUCACUGAGCAUGAGAAAAUUCAUAUUGGAGAAAAACCCUAUAAAUGUAAUGAAUGUGGAACAAUCUUUAGGCAGAAGCAAUACCUCAUUAAACAUCACAAUAUUCAUACAGGAGAGAAACCCUAUGAAUGUAAUAAAUGUGGAAAAGCCUUCUCUCGAAUCACAUCACUCAUUGUACAUGUGAGAAUUCAUACGGGUGAUAAACCUUAUGAAUGUAAAAUAUGUGGGAAGGCCUUCUGUCAAAGCUCAUCUCUUACUGUUCAUAUGAGAAGCCAUACAGGUGAGAAGCCCUAUGGUUGUAAUGAAUGUGGGAAAGCCUUCUCUCAGUUCUCAACUCUUGCUCUACACAUGAGAAUCCAUACUGGAGAAAAACCUUAUCAGUGUAGUGAAUGUGGGAAAGCUUUUAGCCAGAAGUCACAUCAUAUUAGACACCAGAGAAUUCAUACUCACUAAAGCUCUAUGAAUGCCUUGAAUUUAGGAAAACUUUCAUCAGAACUCACACUUUAAUGGUAUACUGAAAAUUCAUUUUAUAAUAGUGACAUGAAUGUGGAAAAUACUUCAACAACUCAAAACUUAAAUACUAACAAUUUUAAUAAGUAUCAUAGUAUCAUGAAAACCUAUACACCCAGAACUCCCACAACAAACAUUGUUAAUGAUAUACUUUUAGGAGCAAUCUCAUUGACGUAAGGAUCCAGUCAUGAACAUUAAUCAGCAUGGUUCUGGAAGGCCUACCUGAUGCAUUAAGAGGUAUAAAGAUUUGACAUUAAGAGACAAAAUUGUCAUUUAAAAAAUGUUUUGCUAUACAUGUAAUCAAAAUUAUUUGUUCUUGAUUCAUUUGUAGAAAUCAGAGAUUGGGACAGAAUAUUGUAUUCAGAAACAUGCAUGCCUUUAUGGGGAAUUGUUAAUUGAUAGAGGUGGUAUCAGAGGUUGGUAGAGAAAUUAAAUCAUGGAUGAUUCAAAAAAUGGUCUCAGGGUAACUGACUCUUCAUGUGGAAAAAUAUUAGAUCUCUGCUGUAGUAAUACAUUAAAGUAUUUAUUAUGAAAUCCAAAAGUAUUGAAGAUUAGAAUGCAAAAAGCAAAAUUUAGUAAUAUAAGAAUUUUAUAGGAGAGUGUUUUUAAAACCUUGGGGUAGGAGGGAAUUUCUAAAAUAGAUUCCAGGAUACUCACUCUUGAGUAUACAUGCAUAUCCCCAAGAAACUGAUACAUGUACCUAGGGAGUCAUGUAUCUUUAUGUUCAUUGAAGCAUGAAUUACAUUAGCAAUGGCUGUUGCUUGUGAAAUGGAUAAUAAAAUGUGAUAUAGGCAUACAGUAGAAUAUUCUCUAGUAGUUAAGUAUAACAGGUGAUAUAUAUAUAUAUAAAUAUAUUAACAGAGAAAGACCCGAAAAGUCAUGUAGAGUAAAAACAAUGAAGGGAUAAAUAUAAUCAUAACUGUGAAUAUUAAAUCAACACUAACAAACACUAGUAUUAAGCAUUGAUUAUGGAUAAACAUUUUUAUGUAAAACUGAAGAAUGGAUUGGAAAGAUACACACUCAAUUCCCAAAGGUGGUUGCCUCUAGAAAGAAUGGUAGUGGAAAAGAAAUGGGACCAAGCAUGGUAGUUAAGGAUACUUCAGUUUUGUAUCUAAACACCUAUCAUUAAAAAGAAAUAAAGAUUCCAAGUAAAUAUAACAAAAUGUUAGUUACCUCUGGGUUGUGGUAAUAUAUGUGUUCUAUUGUUUGUGCUAUUUCUGAAAAUUAAAAAAAAUAAAGAUAGGAGUAGGAAAGCUGUACCUGGAGUACAGGUAAUAACAGACUCACAAUCCCAGAUAACUAAUAUUUUAUAGGAAAUAUUUCUAAAAUCUUAUCUUUACUAUAAGUCAUUUUUUAAAAUUGGGAUGGUAGCUUAAUUUAAAUUUACUCUUGCAUGUGACAUCACUAAUCUGUGUGAUCUCUACUUAGAAGUUAUAGCAUUUGAUUGUACAACAGGUUGGUAUUACAUACAUUUAAGGAUCAUACCAUACCAUUUAAUAAUACAUGCACAGACUUGAUAUUAAGAAUUGGUUUUUACCGGAACAUUUAUCAGAAACUUUAAAAGUCCACAUAUCCAGUAUUGGCAUUAAGGAUUUGGUAUUUUAAAAUGAGGAAACCAAAUUACCCUUAAUUUUUAAAUAUGCCACUGAGUAAAAUGUCAACUCUUGCAUUUCACCUUCAAUUUUAACCUCAUUUUUUUCUCUAUUCUGCCAGAUAUACUCAACCAAUAACCCCUGUUUGUUUCUUUGGGGAAAAUGGUGCUAAAAAGGAGAUCUGAGACCUAAACAAUAUUCUUUUAUUUGAAGCAAAUCUUUUUGAGGAUUUUUGUUUACUCGGUCCCUUUCCACAACAACUUGACAUAUAAAAAGUUGUUAGUGCUCUUUUUGAAUAGUGAUAAAAAUGGGUAUCCAACAUUUAAACCUUAGGCAUAUUUAAAAUAUAUCAAUUUCUUGUAAAUUCAAAAUAAUGAAAUGCUAAUAGAACCAUACUACUAUACUGCUUGUUAAUGGUUUUGAAGGUUAGUCUUGAGGUAACAUUAUAAAUGUCAGGGAUUGAUUUCCUGGGGUAAUAUACCCAAAUAACAUGUGUAUCUACAUGAAUCUAAAUUAUCCUCUAUUUUCUUCCAUUCCUCAUUAAGCAUUCCCCUCACAUUUCUUAAGUGUUUUGCUUGCCUUUGAGCUUGUGCAGCUUUGAAGUCACCAGAACAACUAAGAACUCUCAAUUCAGACCAAACUAGGAGGAUUACCUUUUGGUGCCUGUAGUUGGUUAGUGCCAAGGUGCAACAACAAUAAAUAGGAUAUCACAUAGAGUAAGAUGAGUAGUAUCUGAGUACUAUCACAGAUAUUUUGACAUUUCACUAUAAAUAGUGUCAAAUUUACUGACAUCCCCCUAUUGAUUCGACUUUUUGCUAGUUAUUUGCCACCACAAACAAUACUACAGUAAACACUCUUAAAAUCAGACCUUAAAUUUCAGAUGUUUUUAUUUCUAGGGGAUAGGUUACAGGCAAGAGAGUGUUAGAUCAAAGGACGUAUGCUAUUAUUUUAAGAGGUGCUAUUAGUCAUUUUCAAAAACACAACUUUCCUCUAACCCUGCAACAGAUGGUAACGUACUACUCAAAUUCAUAUUUGUCUGAUGAGUGUAACCACUUGCUCCUAGCUUCUUUGUAAAUUUUCACAUUGUUAGCUCAUUUUGAAGUCCUCUUUAUGUAUUAGACAUUAGGAAUUUGUCUAAUUUUUGUCAUAAAAAUGAUUUUUCCAUAAAAAUACCCUAAAUUUCUGUGUAACUAGAUAUGUAUUAAUUUUUUCUAAGCUUAUGGAUUGAUUAAGAAGAUACUUUAAUCUCUAGAUUGUAGAUUUCUUAGGUUUUCUUGCAAGUUAAUGUUUGCAUUUUUCAAUAUGUAAAUAUUAGUCCAUUUAGAACUUAAUUUUUAAUGUCAUAUGAAAUGAGGAUUCCUUGUUAUUUUCUUCCAGAUGGGUUUCCAGUUAUACAAGCACAAUUUGUUAAAAUAACCCAUCUAUUCAGCAGCCAGUCACACAGUUCUGACACCAACUUGUGGUGUCCCCCAGCAGCAAUCACAGAUUUGAACGAGCAAUCAAAAAAAACAGAACAGGCUUUAACAAAGUUUAUUAUUAGCCUUCCCUGACACACACAAAAACCAAACUACAACAAAACAAAACAAACAAACGAAAACAAAAUCGCCUUCACAAUACUACAACUGCCCAAGCAAGCACGGCUUCCAGGGCCUCUGCCCUGCUCAGGGGAGAGGUCAGAAUGGGUGUGGUUCACCUAAGCACUGGGAAACAUUAACAUUCUCAUCCAGGACGUCUUAUGAUAACCCACUACUGCAACUGCAUGGUGUGCCCCCAUCCAUGCAGCACACCCAUUUGUAACACUGAUACCCACUUAAGCACAAGGGAAGCUGCUGCCUUGGUUUCCCAAGACUUAUGAUGCCUUAGUCACAUAGGCUAUCGAUGUCUACAUGCCAAGUCACAGCGCCCCCUAUCCCCAUCCAGGUACAGGAUACACAUGAAGAAUCUACAGUAGUAUUUUCAUCAGGGAAACUGGCAGAAAAUCAAAUCUAAGGUCAUCUUUCCAGACAAGGGUCAGGGGGAGAGGCCUAUUCUUAAUUCUUUACCAAUACCAUCCUUUCCUAUUCAACUGAAACUCAGAUAUGUAAUCCUUUAACCACAUGAUUUUUUCCUCAUUCAACUGAAACUGCCUUGUACUUUCAUUUAUACCAAGACCUAUUUUCUGUAUUCUCUUGUUUCACUAAUCUAUUUUUCUACUUCUAUACUAAUACCGUAUUAAUUGAUAAAUUGAUUUAACAUUAGCCGUAUUGUAUUUUGAUACUGCAUAAUAGACCAGCUCCUCCUUGCUGUUUUUCAUAGUUUUAUUGGCUAUUCUAAGUUAAUUUUCUUCCUAUAUAAAUGAAGACUGUGUUCUCAAAAUACAAAAACCCUUUGAUAGUCUAGUUGGAACUGCAUUAAAUUUAUAUAUUUAUUUUGGGAGAAAUGACAUUUUUUAUUUUGUCUUUCUGACCCAAAUCAUAGUGUGCCUUUGCAUUUGUUCAAACUAUAAUCAUGUCUUUCAGCAUGAGGGUCCUAAACAAAGUAAUUUGAAUGCCAUCCCUGCUUAAUAUAUAUUUUGAAAAGUUUGUCUGUUCGGUGAAUGAGGAGAAUCCCUAUUAUGAACUAACGUUUGUAGCCCACUCAGAAUUCAUACUUUGAAGCCCUGAUCCCUAGUGUGAUGGUAUUUGGAGAUGGGGCUAUAAGGAAGUAAUUAGGUUUAGAUUAGGUCAUGAGGGUGGGACACUCAUGAUGGGAACAGUACCCAUAUAUAGAAGUGGAAGAGAGAGACUGUAAGAAGGGAUUUCUUUCCAUGUGUAUACACUGAGGAAAGAUCAUGUGAGUAUAGCACAGUGAGAAAGCAGUUGUCUACACCAGGAAUUGGACCUUCACCAGGAUUUGCCAGCACUUUGAUGUUGGAAUUUCCCAGCCUCUAGAACUGUAAGAAAUAAAUGUCUGUUAUUUAAACCA